AUGCCUCCCAUUAACCAAGCCGCUAUUUCAGCUGGCGUUAUCGCCGUCAGCGUGGCCGUGGCCGCGGCCAUCGCCAUCUACGAGUCCCCCGAGCUGCAGCGGAUGGCGACAGACCUGCGCCGCCGCAUCGCCAUGGCCCUCCACUCCCUCGGCGACGGCAUCGGCCCCGAAAGCAGCAACGGUGAGCCCCUGUUCAACCGACCCGAGGAUGCAGAGGGCUUUCUGCAGAGCGGCGAGGUCGACGCCGACGACGACACCCGCAGGCGUCAGCGCGAGGAGCUGCUCUACUGGAAUGCCAUGAAGUUGAGCCAGGAGCUGGAGAAGCAAACAGCCGAGAAUGAGAAGAUGAAGGAGAGGGAGAAGCUGACGCACUCGGGCACGACGUUUGACGACUUCCUGCGUGAGGACGAGAGCGCCAACGAGAAGGGCACCUACGUCUUCAAUACUGGAGCAGACGUGCGGAACAACGAGGACGGCCUUGUGCGGCGGCGAGGAGGUUCCGAGGGCGUGCGAGGGCUGAACUCGUCAAUCUACGCCAACCCUUUCGCAGACGAGCACGGGAUCGACUACAAUGAGAUGGAGGAUAGCCAAAUCUCUCCCGAGAAGGACGAAGUCUUUUCCACUGACGACAUCUACACCGCCUCUCCCAGGCCAGCCGUCAACUCACUGUCACGAACCCUGUCUCCCGCAACCGAAUCCGUUCCAGAGCUUAUUCCUGCCAAGUCACCAUUUGCGGACGAACUGUCGUCCGACUCUUCCAAACCCGAGACUGCCUCUACUCCACGCGAGUCUGUCGCGGAGCUCGAGCUCGCAGAAGGCGAGUACAUGACAGCCGGCCAGAGCCGAGAAAUGGAGCAGGACGAGCACGACGCCUACGCCUCCAUCCAGGCAUGGGCCGAGCAGCAGCAGCAAGCACAGAGGCAGAAUCAGGAAACCAGCCGCGACUUCUACUCCCCCCUGCCCGUCACCCCCGCCGCGCCGCUUAGCGAGAUGUCCGACGGCGAGAUGGUCAGCGAGGGGCAACUGACCCCCACGGACUCGGCCUCCGUAGCUGGCUCCGGCUUCGACGUUGCCAACGAGCUUGCGUCUCAAAACGGCUCUUCCAAGUACUACGAUGUGCUGAGCGAGGACGAGGAUGGAAUCCCGACUCCAGCACACAGCUGGACUGAGGUCGGCAGUGUGGUCAGCGAGAGCGAGGACGGUGUCCGGCCCGCGGCUCGCUCGUAG